UCUUUUGCUUUGGUAGAGUCUUUUUGAGAUGAUAACGCUCUUAACACGCCGCCAUAUAUCACUCACUAUCGCGUUAUCACUUCUCCUUGUCGCUUGGGUAUUCUUCGGCUUCGCAGCUCUGAUCUUUGGUUUCUCUUCUACGGAAAUCGUGCACGACUUUGGCAAUCUCGGGCUCACAUCAGUCAAGAAACUACCUUUUGGAGCUAUCUUUGGUGAUUCGGGUGAACUUCAGGGCUCGUCGCUUCGCGUGUGCCAUGAUUCUGAUCUAAAGCUUGCUUGGACAACGUACGUGGUAUCGUUGCCGACGAGGGAAGAUCGGCGAGAAAGCAUGGAGAAGCUUCGCUCUGCGCUAUCACUUCGGUGGACCUACGUGGAUGCAAUACCAUCGGAUGACACAAUUAUUGGGACGAUUAUAAGCAACUUAGUGUCUUUUAGACGAAGUCAAACAGAGUUGUCUAGUCGAUAUAAUGACACACUGCAAUUUGCGUGGCCAUCCAAUUUCAGCCAUUCACUUGCAACAUACAAUGGAUCGAUAACAUAUCGACAGGAACUCGACGUCGACCAACUCUCCUCCCCCAAGGUCUAUGAAGAGGUCAGCGCGAUCUCGAUGACCGCUUCAUCCAAUAGUGAUCCGCCGGUAGCUCCAGCUACUUCCUCGCUCUCGCCGGGUCAUUAUCCGGCUUCCCAAGGUAGCUUUGACCCUGAUACAAUACCAAUAACUUGCGCUACAAAUAAUUCGAUUUUCGGAAUACCUUAUUCACCAGACCUGCCCAAACAGAUGCUGUUGACAGCAGCGAAAGUAGCAUGCUGGUAUUCUCACCUCCAAGUCAUCCAUCGUAUAGCAAGCGAAGUCCCUUUUCUUGCAACCAGCGACUCCGCUUGCUCUAACGUUACCCUCAUACUGGAAGACGACGUGGACAUGGAACUGGACAUCAAGAAACGACUUGUCGGGAUCUGGAACUCUCUUCCCCAGGACUGGGACAUUCUGUUUCUAGGGCAUUGCUGGUCAAAUGAAUCGCAUUUCCCUGGCGUACCUCUCAAGCCCGAGAUCCUGCCUACAACAGAUCUCCGCGUCAAUGACUCUCAUCCGUUUCUACUAGAGGUUAAGAACACCGUCCACCCUUCGUACUCGCCGAAAUGCACCCACGCAUACGCAUUGAGUCCAUCUGGAGCUCGCAAGAUUCUACAAUACCUCACAUAUCCUCCGUUUGCGUACUCGCGUGCCUUGGAUCAAGCUCUCUCCUGGCUAAUACUUAGUGAAAGGAUCAAGAGCUACUCUGUGGUCCCAAGUUUGAUUAUACAGAGGAAGGUACUUUCGAGUGAUGUCGAUGCCGGGAAAAGUGGGCUAGGGAGUUCGUGGAGAGAUGGCUUAGAGAAUGGCGUACUGGCGAUGCUGGAAUCCAGUCAGUUAGCAGGAUAGCAGCUGUAGAUGCGGGAUGUUAUUUUGUAUGUUCCUCUUAGAUCACAAUACAGAAAUAUAAGACUCUCGAAUUCAUUUC